AUGGCGGCAGCCGAGAAACCUUUGGAGUUCCAUGCUAAGCGGCCCUGGGGCCCGGAGAAAGGGCUAGAAGAUUCGGACGAAGACGAAGAGGAUAAUAACGAUGAAACCGAGGAUGCAUUCUCCCUUCAGGAAGUGUUGCGGCUCGGAGGCACCAAGCAAGAUUAUCUUAUGUUGGCUGCUUUGGAUGAGAAUGAGGAAGUUGUGGAUGGAGGCAAAAAAGGAGCAAUUGAUGAUCUUCAGCAAGGUGAACUGGAAACAUUUAUUCAGAAUCUUAGUCUGGCCAAGUACACAAAAGCUUUCUUAAUUAAAGAAGAUCAACCAGCUAAAAAAGAAGAUGCCAGCAAGAAGGAAGCAAGAGUAUCUAAAGUAGAUAGUAAAAAGCAAAAAGCAGCAGAAAGUGAAAGUAAGGUGAAAAAUAAGAAGAGGCCAGAACAGCAUUCUGAUGAGAACAACAGUGCCAUAACAAAAGCAAAGAAAGAUAAGCAACAGGACGUCUUUGAAUUUUUUGAGAGACAGACAUUGUUACUUAAGUCUGGCGGCAAAUGGUAUGAUCUGGAGUAUAGCAAUGAAUAUUGUUUGGAACCCCAGCCUCGGGAUGUUGUGUCUAAGUACAAAGCCUUGGCUCAGAAGCUGUAUGAACAUGAAAUCAAUUUAUUCAAAAAUAAGACGAAUAACCAAAAGGGAGCCUCUUCUGCCUGGAUGAAGGCAAUUGUAUCAUCAGGGACUCUAGGUGACAGAAUGGCAGCCAUGAUUCUUCUAAUUCAGGAUGAUGCUAUUCAUACGCUCCAGUUUGUGGAAACUCUCGUGAACCUUGUUAAAAAGAAGGGCAGCAAACAGCAGUGCCUCAUGGCUUUGGAUACUUUCAAAGAGUUACUCAUUACAGACCUUUUGCCAGAUAAUCGAAAGCUGCGGGUUUUCAGCCAGCAUCCUUUCAACAAACUAGAGCAGUUGUCCAGUGGCAACAGGGACUCCAGAGACAGAAGACUCAUAUUAUGGUAUUUUGAACACCAGCUGAAACACUUAGUGGCUGAAUUUGUGCAAGUCUUAGAAACUUUAAGUCAUGAUUCAUUAGUAGCCACCAAAACUCGAGCCCUCAUGGUGGCUCACGAGCUUCUUUGUAACAAACCUGAGGAAGAAAAAGCCUUUCUUGUGCAGGUGGUAAAUAAACUGGGAGAUCCUCAGAACAGAAUAGCCACCAAAGCCUCCCAUCUCUUGGAGACACUGCUUUGUAAACAUCCCAACAUGAAAGGAGUUGUGUGUGGUGAAGUAGAGAGACUGCUGUUCCGCUCAAAUAUCAGCUCCAAAGCCCAGUAUUAUGCAAUUUGCUUUUUAAAUCAAAUGGUCCUCUCUCAUGAAGAAAGUGAACUAGCUAACAAAUUAAUAACUCUUUAUUUUUGUUUUUUUCGGACUUGCGUCAAGAAAAAAGAUAUUCAGUCAAAAAUGCUCAGUGCCCUUUUAACAGGAGUGAAUAGGGCAUACCCCUAUGCCCAGACUGGCGAUGACAAAGUGAGGGAGCAGGUUGAUACGCUUUUCAGAGUGCUGCAUGUUGUGAAUUUUAAUACCAGUGUGCAGGCUUUAAUGUUACUCUUCCAAGUUAUGAAUUCUCAGCAGACAAUAUCAGAUCGAUAUUAUGCAGCAUUAUAUCGGAAGAUGCUGGAUCCGGGGUUGAUGUUGUGUUCUAAGCAAGCCAUGUUUCUUAACCUUGUCUACAAGUCUCUGAAAGCUGACAUCGUGUUGCGGAGGGUGAAGGCUUUUGUGAAGAGGUUACUUCAAGUCACUUGUGAACAGAUGCCACCAUUUAUAUGUGGAGCUUUGUAUCUUGUAUCUGAGAUCCUCAAAGCAAAACCAGGUUUAAGAAGUCAACUGGAUGAUCAUCCGGAGUCUGAUGAGGAAGAAAAUUUUAUUGACAUAGCAGAUGAUGAAGAAGCAGAAAAAUUCACUGAUGUAGAUAAAGAAACAGAAACAGAUACCGUGAAAAAAGUUGAGAUGGAAGAAACUGAGUCUGAAAGUCAUGUGGGAACCAAAAAGGUAGAGUCUGCUUCUUGGGUGCACUUUGAUAACUUAAAAGGUGGCAAAAAGUUAAACACAUAUGAUCCAUUCAGUAGAAACCCUUUGUACUGUGGAGCUGAAAAUACAAGUCUUUGGGAACUCAAAAAGCUAUCUGAGCAUUUUCAUCCUUCUGUGGCCCUUUUUGCAAAGACUAUUCUUCAGGGAAAUUACAUUGAGUAUUCGGGGGAUCCACUGCAGGAUUUCACACUAAUGAGGUUCUUGGAUCGAUUUGUAUAUCGAAAUCCAAAGCCACAUAAAGGCAAAGAAAACACAGACAGUGUUGUGAUGCAGCCAAAAAGAAAACAUUUUAUGAAGGAUAUUCGUAGUCUUGCUGUUAACAGUAAGGAGUUCCUUGCAAAAGAAGAAAGCCAAAUACCAGUAGAUGAAGUGUUUUUCUACAGGUAUUAUAAAAAAGUUACUACUGGUAAAGUGAAACAAAAACGGAAUGAAGAUGAAGAAAGUAUAGAAGAUGUGGACGAUGAGGAAUUUGAAAGGAUGAUUGACACAUUUGAAGAUGAUAAUUGUUUCACCUCUGGAAAGGAUGACCUUGAUUUCGCUAGCAACAUGAAGAAGAAGGCAAAAGGAGCUAAGGAUGACUCAGAAGAUGAAGAUUCAGAAGAUGACGACCUUGAUAAUUUGGAUGACGAUGAAGUUUCCUUAGGAAGUAUGAAUGAAGAAUUCGCUGAAAUUGAGGAAGAUGGAGGAACAUUCAUGGAUGUGUUAGAUGAUGAGAAUGAGGGCAUUUCAGAACUUGAUGAUGAAGUCAGACUCAAAGUCAGUAAUAAGAAAAACAAGAGAAAAGGUGCAAAUGAUUUUGACUUUGCUGGGUCGUUUCAAGGACCAAGAAAAAAAAAGAAAAGAGACUUUGAUGACUCCAACUUAUUUGUAUCUGCUGAAGAGUUUGGCCACCUAUUGGAUGAAAAUAUGGGAUCCAAGUUUGAUAACAUUGGUAUGAAUGCCAUGGCUAACAAAGAUAAUGCAAGUCUCAAACAGCUUAGAUGGGAGGCUGAACGUGAUGACUGGUUACACAACAGAGAUGUGAAAAGCAUCAUCAAGAGGAAGAAAAAUUUCAGAAAGAGGCCAAAAACCACUCCAAAAAUUAAAAAGCAAAGAAGAUGAGUGUUUUCUAAAUAAAUUAAAAAGUAAAAUUCCACUUACUCCUAAUUUUUAUUGCUCAGCCAUUUUUCUUGAUCUUGCUCUCUGAUUCCAUACAUUCCAGAGUGUUCAAUGGAUUUGUAAUAAACUAUAAAUAAAAAUAGUUGUCAUUUAUAAAAUCAUGUAAAAGUGUUAAAAUUAAACUAUACUGA